GAGAAAAAUGUGUUUAAUUAAAAUUUUAUUCCAUUUCUCUCUUUCUCUCUGCUCAUAUAUUAUUAUAAAAGGAUUAUCAUUAUAUAUUAAUAUUGUAAUACAAAAGCUAUAAACGCGGAAUUAAUUGUUUUCAUUGAAAAUAUUUUAUUUCUAAAAAAUACAUUAAAAUAAAGGGGAGAGAAAUGGUAUGUUCACCAUCAUGAUAUGACGUAAGAUCCAAUGUCAAGAGCGUGCAAAUAGGUGAAGGUAAACGAGUGACUUUUCUUUCUCGUCAAGAAAUCAGACGUGAUCAGUUCCAAAGUAGUAGUAAUCUUGUUCAAAAUGCUUUGAAGAUCAAAGUGGAUUGAUACAUUACACGUAUCGAGCGAUAAGUUAUAACAUCUUGAAAAAUUGUAAUUUAUUUAUAUCUGAAAAGAAUUUUAAAAUAUUCAUCCAUUCUUCUGCAUUGUUAAAAAGAAUUUAUAUUGUACAAGAAUGUAGAGUGAUUUUUCCGUAUGAAUAAUAAUCAUAUAACAUGCCACGUAUCUCUUAUCCCGAAGUUCUGACGGAAGCGGCAGGCGUGAAGAUCGUAACAUCUCCGCCCGAAGAAGAUGCAGAUAUCUUUCCGCCGGGAAAAAUAGUUCUUAAAAUGCGGAAAAUAAAUUCAGCAUCAGACGUGCGUGGUAAAUCUUGCGGAUUCCAUUUGACCAAGUCGAAAUGGGAUCCGUAUCCGUGGAUCGGCUAUGUUGAAAAAAAUAGUCCCGCCGAUUUAGCAGGAUUGAGAACCGGCGAUUGUCUGUUGGGCAUUGAUGACAUCAAUUUAUUAGGAUUAAAAAUCAAAGAUAUUGCUACUUUAAUUCGUAACGAAGAAGGUAUACGCGACGUAAAUUUUUCCAUUUGGCGAUACUCUCAAAAAGAGGAAAAUGAUAUUGGAAUAGCCUUGAAAGGUCCACUUCCGGAUGUGGCCAAAAAUCUUGCAAACGCUUUGUCAGGAAUGGUUCGUGCCUUAGAAUGCCCGAUUUGUUUGGAAAGCGCUGCACCUCCAGUCUCGCAAUGCGUUCACGGUCAUAUUCUGUGCGUUAUUUGUAGACCAAAAACAUCUCGUUGCCCGGUUUGCAGAGUCCGUCUGGGCCAAGGCCGAUGCCUCCUCGCAGAUAAAUUACACAUAGUGCUUCGCGAUACUUUUAAUGUGAAUAAUGAUGAGACAUUAAACAAGACAUCUGUUGCAUUCGAGCAUUGUAACUUACGCGAUCAAUUGUUCGGUAAAAAUAAUAAAAAGCAAGAAACCCCGAUCCUAAAUUGCUCGAAAAAAAAUUGUACAAUGUUGAAACCGAGGCAAUUCUUGUUGGCCAGAUUGUUACUUGGAAGUAGGGAAAAAGCUAUUUCCGCGGAUAAUUUAACCAGAGUAUCCGGAAUUUCGGAAGAAGCAGCGGCGAUUUCCAAUGAAAUGACAGACACUAGUAGUUUACGAUUGUCUUUGAACGAUCGCACCAAAUCAGCCAGCACAGGCGAAUUGUCGAGGGACAGCGAAGCUCGCAUCAAUGAAUCAUCUUCGCGAAUUACGGAAUUAUCCGCGACGAACACCAGUCGACAGUCCUUGAGUUCACCGCAGACGCCAAUUUGGGGUGGCUCCACGGAUUCUAUGUCUUGUAUAGAACUAAUGUGUCCUCUUUUGCAAUCUUGCAGAGAACUAGUAACGGCUGAUUCGUUGUUGGAGCAUAUCAAGACACACGCGCUACCGCAAAUUCAUUUCUAUUCCAGAAGUGCAAGGAUCCCGCUACCGCUUCCUUUCGGACAUGAUGCUUUUUAUAUAUUUCACCAUGGAAGCAAUAUAUUCUUCUUUCAGUGCAGAGACGAAACAGCGUGGAUGACAUAUCCUGUUAAGAUGGCAGGACAUGCAAUAAGCAACACAUGGGAAUGGACAUUGCACGCUUGGGACGACAACGGUACAGAAGUGCAAUUACGAAGACAUGUUGCGAGUCUCGAGAAUCCUUUAACAUUAUCCUCACAACAUAUCGCACCAUUACCAAUUGCAUUAUUAUUGAAGACUAUUAACAUAAAAAUAUCGGAGCAUCCAGUUCACGAUAGAUUAUAUGUAUGAAAAGAACAAAGUAUAUCCGUCCUUAAUUAUA